ACAUUUCGAACCUAUAUAGUAUAUCCUUCUUUAAUACUUUAUCUUAGUCAAAUUAUUAAAUUCCCAAAAAAUUGAAUCAAAAUCGCAUAAACUCUUAGAUUUUAAACUCAAUUGUUUCCCUCGAAUAUUCUCUACAAAAUUUUAAUUAUUCUUAUCAUCUAUAUAUAAUCAAACUCUCACAGUUACUUUUACAAACAAAAAAACCAUAACUCGAAUUUAUAACUCUUUGAAUCAGUUACAGUUGCUGAGAUGAAUUUUGCUAGAAAGAAACGAGUCACCGAUCCGUUCGACGAAGAAGCCAAAGCUCGACUUGUUGGCGGUAAUUUCCGGCAACUGAGUGGCAUUAGCAGCGGAAGCGAGCAUUCCGGUGACGGAGAAUUCACUUCUUCACCGUCUCUGUCUGAGCUUGUGCAUGAUUUCCUCGAGGAGGAUAAUGAAAACGAGUAUGACUCAACGGAAAACGAUUUCGACUCAGAGCGGGUUGACUCGGUUUCGGAAUGCUUGGACUCGGUGGAGGAUCUGCUAAAAUUAAGAGGUGAAAAUGCUGAUGCUGACUCUUACCUGAACAUGCUUCGCGUGCAUGUUUCUGAAGCUUCGGUUAAGUUUGCAUUUCUGAAGGAAGGAAGCUUUUCCGUUUUCAAUCGAAAUGUGAUGUCGUUUUUGCAUGAGAAGGGGUACAAUGCUGCGAUUUGUAAGACGCGGUGGGAAUCCUCCGGCGGAUUAACUGCCGGCAGCCACGAGUUUAUCGACGUGGUGCGAUCUGGAUCGUCCACGUUGCCGACUAGGUACUUCGUUGAGCUCGAUUUCGCCGGACAGUUUGAAAUUGCGCGGCCGACGAGUCGUUACACAGAGAUUAUGAGUUACGUUCCUGGAAUUUUCGUUGGAACAUCGGAGGAGCUUAAACGCACCGUUUUGUCGCUGUGUGGUGCUGUAAAACUGUGUUUAAGGAGUAGAGGGUUAUCGAUACCUCCUUGGAGAAAGAACCGGUACAUGCAAAAUAAGUGGUUUGGACCGUAUCGUAGAACUACGAACCCGGUUCAGGGGAAUCCGGCUCCAGGUGUUGUUUCUUCUUUCAGUGGUGCUAAAUGUAGGUUAGUUGGAUUCAACGACGCCGUUUUGGAGACUAGACGCAGCGUUUCAUUUGUCCGGACAAGAUAACUGAUUGCGAAGUUUUGAAUUUUGAUAAAUAUAUUUAUAUUUUAAUUUAAUUUUAUAAUACAGUAGUUUUGGAUUGAAUUGGAUUGAGGCGAGUCAGAUACACUGUUAGUUACAUUAUUAAAUUGAGGGGAAGUUGAAUGAAAAUGAUGGAACUUAUAAAGUUGAUUUUUAUGUAGCAAA